GAGAAAUAAGAGGAGAAGGAUCAACAUAGAGGAACCAAGAUGAAAGUGUGCUUUAUAUUAGUGCUUCUUGUAGGAGCCGUUUUUGCCCAACAAAGGACAAGUCCACAGGGUACUAAAAAUGAUAAUGAAUAUGAGUAUUACUACGAUUACGAAUACGAUGAUGAGCCUGUGACUAACACAAGGACCACUUCAGCUCGUCAGACUCCUUCCACGCGAGUCCAGGCAGCCCCUGCAAGAGCUCAAACUCCAUCUCGUCGUCAGCAGGGUGUUACUGCUCCAUCUCCACCUCAAAAACAGCAGCCUGCUGCUCAGGGCCCUCCAAGGAGAUCUGGCCACGGGCGCAAGAAGAACGAUGUGUCGACCCCCAUUCAAACGAGUGAGGUGUUUAACUGUCCCGAAUACUACGGAUUUUUCCCCCAUCCCAGAAACUGCGACAGAUAUUGGUCAUGUGACAAUGGAACCGCCACGCUCAAGGUCUGCGGUAACGGUCUGGUGUUUGAUCCCAGUGAUAAGCUCACAGAAAAUUGUGCCUAUGCCUUUACAGUCAAUUGUGGAGACAGGGUUGAUGUUGAACCUCCAAUAAGUACCCCACAUUGCCCUCGUCUUUACGGUGUCUUCGGGGAUUCCAAGAGCUGCCGAGUGUUCUAUUCCUGUUGGAACGGCGAGGCUUCCCGCUACGAGUGCCCCCCAGGACUAGCCUACGACUCUGAUCAGAGAGUAUGUGUUUGGGCCGACAAGGUGCAUAACUGUGGUCAACAAGAGAUAGCAGAGGGUUUUGUGUGCCCAGACCCCUUUGAAAUUGCUGAACAACCAGGAGUUUACACACGUCAUGCCCAUCCAACUGAUUGUAGAUAUUUCUUCGUCUGUAUUGACGGUGAUGCCAGGUCCUAUGGAUGUAGUUUAGGAUCCGUAUUCAAUGCCAAGACCCUACAGUGUGAAGACCCUGAAUACGUAACAGGAUGCGAAAAUUAUUAUGCCGAUUUGGAUGUGGGUAAAAAGAAGCUGAAGAAAGUUCAAAGUUAAAGUAAUGAAAAUCGGCUGGAAAUGUCAUCAAAGAGAGAAUUAGAGAAAAUGGAACAUUUCAAGCCUUCUUUUCUGUUCGUUAUGAAUGAAAGACAUUUUAAAAUCCUACCUACUUUGAAUGUGUGUGGUACGAGAUGUAUUAAUAUCAAUAAUCAUGUGAAAUUACUUUUUGAUCGCACUAUUUGUCAACCUAGUAUUGGCGGAUAUCACCCAUCUACAACUGCACCAUCUGUUGACGAAUUAUAAUAAAAUAUUUUUAAAAAAGGCGGUUUAGACAAGCUGAUAUGUUAGCGAUUUGUUUUUAAUAUUGUGUUGACUAUAACAAGUUAUACUUAGUGCCUGAACAUUAUCAUCAGUUAAUGCAACGAUGAUGAGAAACGAUAAAUACUCUCUGUGCUAGUGUUUAGAAUUGCAAUAGAUAAAUUUGGAAGUAAAAAUAUCUGUUCAUUUUAUUUUUCGAACUUUAGAAUAACUAACUGAUAAUCUUGGGCACUAGAUAUAACGGCUCAAAUUUUUACCCUGGUGAUAGUGUUUUCGUUUUGUAUCUUUAUUUCCGUGCUUUCGUUUUUUUCAUCUUUUCUUAUUACGGAUAAUUUUUAACUCCAUUUUCUCUGUUUCAGUUAGCACAAGUCGUUGCAGUAAUUAUUUAAUGUUUUAACGUAUUUUACAAUAUUCAUUUUCAUUAUUUUUUAAAAACCAAAAUAGUUUACAUGAGGUUAUGUUGUCCGUAAUAAAAUCAAUAUGCUAA